CGGCGGGCCCUGGCCGACGGCGCCCCGGCGGAGCAGCCCGCGGGCACCUCCUCGGAGGUGAAAUGCUCCCUCUGUGUUGUGGGGAUCCAGGCCCUGGCAGAAAUGAAUCGGUGGCGGGAAGUGCUGUCCUGGGUCCUUCAGUAUUACCAGGUUCCUGAAGAGCUGCCCCCCAGAGUCCUGGAGCUGUGUGUUCUUUUAUACAGCAAAAUGCAAGAGCCUGGAGCCAUGCUGGAAGUGGUCAGUGCCUGGCUCCAAGACCCAGACAAUCAGGGCCUUCCAGAAUACAGAGCCUUGGCAGAACUUCACCUGCAGCGGGUUCUGCUGCCUCUGGGCUGCCUGUCGGAGGCUGAGGAGCUGGUGGUGGGCUCUGCAGCCUUCAGUGAUGAGCAGCGGCUGGACGCACUCCAGGCCAUUAGCACAGCAAGGCAACAGCAGAGACACCAACGCUCUGGCUCUGAGGAGGCCCAGAAACUAAACCAGCAAGGCUCCUUCUUCCACAAGUUUCUGUCACUAUUGCUGUUGCUUCGCCGGCUUUGGGACUUUGCAGUGAGCCACUUCUUUUCCCUGCCCUUCAAAAAGAGCCUCCUGGCCGCCUUGAUCCUCUGCCUCUUGGUGGCAAGGUUUGAUCCAGCUUCUCCUUCUUCCCUGCCCUUCCUCUACAAGCUGGCUCAGCUCUUCCAUCGGAUCCGGGAGGCCGUGUUUCGUCCUCUCGGCCAGCUUCCCAUCCACGACUGAGGGGUCUUCCUCACUCACCUCACCUCUGCCCCUCACGUCUGCGGCGACAGAAGCAGAGUAACUCAUCCGUGUCAGCCUAUUUGUUUUGCUGGCUGGUUCCCUGUAGGAGUGGAGCCAGCCUGAUUCUAGAAAGAGCUGAUCCAGUCAGGUGAACUGUAUCUUGCUGCCUGAAUGCUCUCUCCCUCGCACCACACUUGGGCUUGUGUUGGUAGGUAAUGUGGAAACAGAGUGGGGCCAGAGAGCACAAGUCCUCCAGAAGAGUCCCCCCGUAUUCCCAGAGGCCCCUUGUGAAGGAGGAGUUUGGGAAAGGAGAGUGCAUUCAUGAACAUUCCAUCUUUUUGGCAAAGGCACAGGGUGGAUUUUUCAGGUCAGGGUGUUAAUGAAACUGGAAGUUCAGGAAGUCCAGUCUGAUGGAGUGAUCCUUGGCCUUUCACUUCCUUGAAAAACUUACCUCUGAAAAUCGCCCUACAGGGCAGGCACUUGAGUAGUCAGAGUGAGAUCUGAGAAAGCCUCUUUCUUUUCUGUGCUCCUCUCCACAGAUCUGGUUUAGCUAUUUAUCAGUAUUCCGUUCCCAUGGUUUUGCGAUAGGCUCGAAGCUGCUUGGGCCCUCUCUCUGUUCAGACCAGGGCCUGGCUUUCAGAACCACCUGGGUGACCACUGAAAACAAAGUAAGGCUGCUCAGCUCCCCUCACUGGGUAAGUGAUCUUGUGUGGUGCCUCUCAGGCUUCAGCUCAGUUUUCCAGGUUGUCAGUGGCCAAGCCCUGCUCUAUUACACUCGGUGUGUCUCCUGCCCUUUCCCUGCUGUCAGCCCUUUCUCCCUGCUCUGCAGUAGUAGUUUUGUACCUUGUCUGAUAGCUUUUGGACCAGGUUCUGCCUGUGUCCUUGCCUCCUUGGUAUGCCUCCUUGGUUGCUUGUUCCUCCCUUUCUAUAUCUUGUUGUUCUAGUUAUAUUCUAUUGUUUGUAUAAUGCACAAGUUUUUCUGCUCGUGGGGCCUUGGAAAGUAGGCCAGCCUCAGAGCCUGAUGAGCUGAAAAUGGAACUGGGUAAUCAGGUGAGCUAGAAGCCGUGUGCGGAGGGGUUGGGCAAAGGGGAGACAUGGGUUUUGAAGGCAAUGAACAAUUUUAUUCAUUGUUGUGGGGAGGAGGCAUUGGGGCUUGAGCGUUUGAGUAGCUGAAUGUUUCACUGUUUUCUGUCACUGGCUAUAAGAGUCUUACAUGUCUCUGUGCAAGUAAAUGUAGAACUGCUGUCAGGGUGUGAAAGGCUUCCAGCAGGAGCCAGCCUUUCUGCAGCUGAAGGCCAGCAAACUACCCCUGCUGGGACCUCCGGCAGUGUUGAUGCCAAAAAUAUGGUAGCUUUUCAUAGGCUGAUUUUUAGGAGUUGCAAGUCAACAACUUCUCUUUAGUAAGAUGGGUAGAGUAAGUAAACUUCACAGGCCCUUGGGAAAUUAAGUCCCUGGGGUGUGGUCCAACUCUGUAGGAAACAUAUGGGCUUUUAAAUAGUUAAGAACCCUGGGGAGAGGAAGGGAGGCAGGUAAGCUUUGAGAUCUCUCUCCUUCAGAAUGAUUUCUUAAAAUGACAAUCUGGUCCUGUUCACUACCCUAGAUAAAACUCCUUAACGACUUCCCAUGGCCUCCAGGGUAAAACCCAGAUUCUUCUUCAUGGAAUUGAAGGCCCCUUAUGCACUGGUUUGGGCUGACACCUCCACUUUCAUAUGGGGCCUCUGUUCUGUAUGCACGCUGCCCUCCGUCUGCUUAGCCAGUCACAGUCUCUGAACACUGUGUGCUCCCCCACACUUCUGUGCCUUUCAUACCUGCUGUUCCCUCUGGAAGGUCUGGCCUCCCUUUUUGCUUGGUGAGCUCCUCAACCUUCCAGACUUACUCAAGGGUUACCUCUGGGAAUCCUUUCCCCAUGUUCCCUGCUUCCAGGCCCCUAUUUCAUAUCCCUUCUGUGAUAGGACCCAGUGGCCUUAUAAUUGUGAAAUUCUUUGUUGCCUCCAGUAACUGUGAGCCCCCUGAAGCGAGGAGUGUGGCUUGUUGCAGUGUUUGCGGUCGGGUCUGGAUCCCUGCUCCGCCUCUCACAAGGUGUGUGGCUGCUAGAAAGGGAUUGCACCUCUCAGCCUCAGGGUUCUCAUCUGUAAUUUAGUUCUUUUCUCAUAGGGACUUUUGGAUGAGUAAAUGAGAUCUUUAUGAAGUGCUUAGUGUGUUAUCCUGCCCCAAGUAAGAGCUCCUGUGAGGGCUAGCUGUAUCCCCAUUGCCCAGCCGAGUGCCUGGGGAUUAGAGGUGUUCAGAGGUGUUUAAAUGAAUGAGUUGAUAUGACUGACAUGACAAGAGAUCUGUGUGCUUUUGGUGAGCGUGUGGAUUUUGUAUUGUGAAACUCUGAGGAUACAGAAGACCUGGCUGCCCAGCUCACUUUUCUGUUCUCUGCCCUGAAGUUCCCCAGUACUGUUCUGCUUCUAGGCCUCUAGGUCCUCCGUUUUACGUUUGUUUUGAACUCUUCAGAGUUGUCCUCCUAGUCAGACAAGGAACUCAGAGCCAAGACUGCUCCGAUGACGGUGCCCUUUCCUGA